AUGGCGCAACCAAAACCAACCACUGAUCUCCAGACUGUUCUGAAUACUGAAAUAAAGUGGGAAUCGCCUUCACCGCCCACUCCGCCCCGCUCUAACACAUUUCUCGCUCCAGGGAGUGGCAUUUCCGUGCGAAGUCCAAACUCGGACGGUGUUCAAUAUCUCAGGCACAGUUCUCGUGCAGAUAUAUACUUCCAUCAAGGAAACUCGGAAGAGCAUCACUAUGCUCUUGAGCUCCGCGAUGCUGUGCUUCGACUGAGGCGUGACGGCGCAUUCAUCGCUGUCCCACUUUUUCGUGUGAACGAGGCCCCAAUAGGGCCACACCCUGUUGGAUCCUAUGAGAUUUGGGUACCCUCGGAAACGUUUGCCUCCGUUUAUUCAUAUCUUUGCCUGAAUCGGGGGCCCUUGAGCAUUCUGGUCCACCCACUCACUCGCGAACAGGUACGCUCUCGUACCACUUCCUCUGUCGCAUUCGUCCUAACGAUGAUCGAGCACCUCAUCUCCGCGUUUAGUGACCACGAAGUCCGCGCCUCCUGGAUCGGGCCCGCUUAUCCUCUUGAUUUGUCGACGCUCCCCAUUCGAAGCGCGGAGAUCCCCCUGCAGUACCCCACCCUCAGUGCGCUGAUUUCUCCGUCGUUUCGCAUCGCUGAUCUGAUUACCCUUCCCUUCUCAACCAGAGGUUGGAUAUUCUUCCAGGAUCCCGUUUAUCAGCCCUGA